AUGGUAUGUGGUACAUGUGCAGCUCAAUUAAAAGGGUUCAGUGUAAUUAUGGAGUCAAUAACCAUACUGCACUUCAAUGACGUUUACAACAUCGAGCCGCAAGAACAUGAGCCUAAAGGUGGUGCUGCUAGGAUGGCUUCAUACAUUGACAGUGUGAGAGAUCUGAACCCAUUGGUGUUGUUUAGUGGUGACGCUUUAAACCCAUCUCUUAUGAGCAGCAUAACCAAAGGUGAACAGAUGGGACCAAUUCUAAGUGCCAUGAAUGUACAAUGUGCUGUAUAUGGAAAUCAUGACUUUGAUUUUGGUGUUGAUGAGCUGUUAGAAGUGACUGAAAACACAAACUUUCCUUGGUUAAUGAGCAAUGUCAGGGAGAACAUCACAUUUGAACCUUUGGCAAAUGGCCUUGAGAAACACACCAUACAAUGGGAUGGAAUUAAGUUUGGACUCAUAGGCCUAGUAGAGAAAGAAUGGCUGGCAACACUAGCAACUGUUGAUGAACAGGAUGUGACUUUCCUAGACUUUGUAGAGGAAGGUCAGAGACUAAGCCAAGAGUUAAGAAAUGAGGGUUGUGACUUUAUCAUUGCAUUGACUCACAUGCGUUGGCCCAAUGAUCGUAUCGUAGCUGAAGAUAUUGAUGUAGAUAUAGUGCUAGGAGGACACGACCAUGAUUACAUCAUUGAGCAGUUGAAUGGUAAAUACAUCAUAAAGAGUGGCACUGACUUCAGGAAUAUGAGCAAGAUAACGCUACAGUUCAUAGAAAAUCAGAUAAGAGACAUACAGAUAGAAGAGAUUGUAUUGGACUCUACCAUUGAAGAGAAGAUUGAAGUCAAGGAAAUAGUGGACAGUUAUAUGUUGGUAAUGUCUUCCAAGAUGGAGGAAGAACUAGGGCAAAUGGAGGUGGAGCUAGAUGGAAGAUUCUCCAAAAUACGAACUCAAGAAACUAAUCUAGGUAACUUUAUAAUGGACAUUGUGCUUGCUGCUGUUAACUGUGAUCUUGCUAUGUGUAAUUCCGGAACUUUCCGCUCAGAUAGAAUACAUUCCAGGGGAACUUUCCGUAAAAGGGAUCUCCUCUCAAUUCUACCUAUGAUUGACCCAAUGGUUGUCAUAGAGAUCUCAGGUGCUGCAGUCAUAGAAGCUUUAGAAAAUGGAGUAAGUCAAUAUCCCGCCUUAGAAGGGAGGUUCCCACAGGUUGCUGGUAUUUCAUUUGGGUUUGACCCCAAUUUACCUGAAGGAGAGAGAGUUGACAGAGACCAUAUACGAAUACAGGGAGAACCCCUAGAAACAGAAAGGCUGUACCGUCUCUGUACCAAGCACUACCUCUCAUUGGGCAAAGAUGGCUAUACGAUGUUCAAAGAUUGUCCCGUCCUGAUUAAUGAUGAGGAAGGUCCAACGUUGAGUGUAGUGGUUCAAAAUCAUUUCAACUCAAUCAAGAUCCUGAAGGGAUUAAAACGAUGCAAGUCGGGACAUAAACAGAGUGUUAUAAGUACACAUAGGCGACAAAGUCUCACGAGGUCUUUGAGUCUGAAUGAUGGGGACGCUUUAGUGCCAAUGAAAAGACCAUCACGUGGUGCCUUGCUACAGCGACAGACAAGUAUACAUGACGUAGAGGUCAGUGAGUGCAAUCUAGCCCCGUGUAAGGAUGGCAGGAUAUACCUGAUUGAUAGCUCAAAAUUCCACACAAAGUUGAAGCCCAGCAACAUUAUCCUUCAAGAUACAAUCAGCGAAGGAGGAGAAUCGGACCCUGGAACCCCAUAAAGCUACAUAGCUACAAAAUAUAUCAUCGGGGGUCUGGAGUCAGACCUGGUACCUGAGAUUCAGAACACCAGGACUAUAUAAAUAAAUAGUACACAAUUAUCAAGGGUUUAUACUUGAUUAGAGAAGGACCUGGUAAUUUUUUGAAACACAAUCAUUGAGGGUAGGGAGAUAGACACCAAUAUAAAUUUAAUCUUGGUUUCCAUUGAUUUAUAGUAUGGAAAUAUCAAUUUCCUACUCAUUCAUUUAUGGCCCAAAAACAGUAAAAGUGGAUCUUUAUUUCUUUGGGGACUAUAAUUUCUGUUACACUAGGAAUAGGAUCCUAGAAUUUUUACCAACGAAAAAGACUCUAUGCAAUGAGGUACCGGUGCUAAAAAGUUAAAAACGUCUAGGCAAUAAGUUUAUGUUAAAAAACGUGCAUAGUCAAGAUGGAACAUUGUACAACAUGGGCUUCUGCGCCCUUGUAAUCACUUAUUUAUACAGCCCUGUCUUACAAUGGUAUAAAGCACUAAGGAUGUGAUAU